CUCCCGUUAAAGCAGCUCUGGGCGGCCCCUUCCAAUUACACAGACUUGUGACUGAGCAGUUGGCGGUUGUACAUUAUUAGGGGCGUGUGUGCUGUGUCCAGACCCAGAAGCAGGAUGAGCUGUCCAGAGAAAGACGCGGUGGAGCCGCAUGUAGUCAAAGAGGAGGUCAUUGCAACUGGGAAGUGGGUGAAGCUUGAGAAGACCACAUAUGUGGACCCAGCUGGAAAUACAAGAACGUGGGAGACGGCGAAGAGAACGACGAGACCAUCCAACACUGCGGUGGACGGUGUGGGCAUCAUAGCCUUGCUGAAGAGGACCCUGCAUAAAGACUGCGUCGUCUUGGUGAAGCAGUUCAGGCCACCAAUGGGAUGCCAUACUUUGGAGUUUCCUGCAGGGCUGAUUGAUGAUAAUGAGAGUGCUGCGACUGCUGCUCUGAGAGAGCUGAAGGAGGAGACGGGUUAUAAGGGAGAAGUUGUGGGAGUGACUCCAGUCACAUGUCUUGAUCCAGGCCUGUCUAACUGUACAACACAGAUUGUGAUGGUGAACAUAAACGGUGAUGAUAUAGAAAACAUACACCCCACCCAGCAGCUGGGUGAUGGGGAGUUUGUUGAAGUGAUUCUUCUACCUCUAGAUGAAUUUCAGAAGAAAAUUGACGAGUUGCUGAAGAAGGAGAAAAUAGUGGUGGACGCCAAAGUCUACAUUUAUGCCAUGGGAAUGGCCCAAGCCUUCUUUAAACCCAAUGAGCUACCUGUGCUCAAGCAGUGAGACCUGCAGUCCAUACAGCCUCCGUUAUUAUAAACAGCAAAGAAAGGACCAUGAGAAGAAAACCAUGGUAAACAAGACCAGUUGAAUGCUGUUUAUCAGCUCUUGGGAGCCUUUUAGAGCAGCAGUUUAUGCUUGUGUAGUUAUUACACGGUUACGUGAACAUUCCUAACACUAACUAACAAAAACGAAUUGACUGUUAACUGUGGUGUCCACAAUAUUAAAAUCUACUAGUAGUGAUACCAUUCAAGACAAGAUCUGACCAAAACAUCAGUAAGCAUAUGAAACUGUAAGGCAGCAGUUUUAUGCUGUCGGCUCUUAGUUUCCCCAGAAUUUAAAAGACCAAGAAACCUGCUCAUAAAAGUGAGUUGUUGCUUUUGCUCUUUUUAGCUGGGCUGCAGGUAAAGCAUGUCCUACAGCAGUGCAGUGACCAAAGGCCAAAAGAACUGAUUCAUCAUUAUCUACUACAUUUCAAAGCCUGGAAUGAAUCAAUCAUUCUAGAAUAGUCUGGGCUUUUCAGCCGGUGCUACACUGGAGCCAACAAAAGCAGUUAUGUGAGAGUUGUAUUAACUUUUAUCUAAUAAACUGGCCAUUGAUAAGUCUG